UGAAUUUGUGACACCAGCGGAAGUAAACAGACAAAGAAGCGCCACGGAGUUAACUGUGAGAUUCUUCGUUGCAAAAAAAAAAAAAAAAACAUAUAUAUUUGUGAUUCCUGAAACGACAACUGGACUGGGAUGGAUAGGCAACAGGACGCAGAGGAUCACUGCGGGGUUCUGAAUUUAAACUUAAAAGCUGCGGCCCAGUCAGGUGUCCAACUGCAACCAUUGAGCAAAGAUGACGCUCCUCUCCUGAGGCCGGACUGGAGCUGCUGGGUGGACCGGGAGGAACAAGAACCUUCAGAGGGAGAUGAGGAAGAUGAUGCCUCAGAGUUACCUUUGAAUAUGGUUGUUAAGAAUGAAUUGGAGGAGGAUGAAGCUCCUGAUCAAAAUGAGGAGGAAUCAGCGUCCAGUAGCUCAAGUCAACAUGCGAAAACUAAAACUAGUGGAGACGACUGUGGAGACUCAGAGCACACAAAGAGCUCAGAUCCACUUUUGAGCGCUGACCAGCAGAGGGUACUCUCCUCUGAAUCAGACAGUGAAAAUAGUGACAAUUGGAAGGAAGCCACUAACGCUCAAUCUAAAUGUGAAGAUGAUCCAGGAGUCUCUGUUAGUGAGGAAACCAAUAAUGCUUAUGACAAGUCACUGAUUUGCCCUGGAUGUGGGAAAAGAUGUUCUUCCAGGUCUGGACUGACUCUGCACAGAAAGACCUGCGUGGGAGACUCGUUGGCAUGUUUGUUUUGUGGAAAGUGUUUUGCCAAGACAAGAAAUCUUGAGAUUCACACAAGGAUUCACACGGGAGAGAAGAUGUUCCACUGCUCAGAGUGUGAAAAGUGUUUCAACAGGAGAGAUCAUCUCAAAACUCACAUGAAAAUCCAUACAGGGGAGAAACCGUUUCGCUGCUCGGAGUGUGGUCAGUGUUUCAUUGAGAAAGGAGAUCUGAAAAGACACACGAGGAUUCACACCGGAGAGAAACCCUUCUCUUGUUCAGAGUGUGGCCAUUCUUUUUAUCAGAGUGGAACUCUGACCACUCACAUGAGAAUCCACACAGGAGAAAAACCAUUCACCUGCUCAGAGUGUGGUAAAUGUUUUAAUCGGAAGCAAAACCUUAAGGCUCACAUGAGAAUUCACACAGGUGAGAAACCUUACGCUUGCUCAUUAUGUGACAAAUGUUUCGCUGAGAGCGGAGAUCUGAAGAAACACGUAAAACGACAUCAUUAGAGAUGUUUGUGAUUAUCAUGAAUGUUUUCUGUGAAACAUGAAAGGUGAGCUCAUUAGAGGUUUAAGGAAGAAGGAACAGUAUUUUUGCUGCCACAGCUGAAGCUGAGCUAGGUUAUAGGUAAGUGUUUAAAUGUUACGGGUGCUGAAGUAGUGCUUACAAGUCAGUUGUCAAGAGACGGAGCUUCGGGCAAUGUGCAUGCAGUUUUGAGAGUUUAUCUGAAACAUGGCUGAAGAAGAAUCCCUCAAUGAACAGAGCUGAAAACGCAUGACUAGAAAUCAAAGUUUCGGCAACACAGAUAUGGUGAGAGAAUUAAGUGUUUUGUGAUUAUGUUCCUGAAUUUCAAUCAGUGGGCAGUGAACCAUAAAUAUAACACGAAGCAAUGAUUGACAGUUAUUUAGAAAUGUAUGGUUUCUAAUGCUUUCACUGCUGAUAUUUUGACAUGGAAAAAAUCAUGGUGGCGAGUACAUUUCAGUUCACGUGUGGAACUCGAUUUAAUAUAAUGCCAUUCAUGCUGCUUUGUCAUGAUGAUUCAUUCUCUAAUCUAUAUUGUUGACCAAUCACUACAGUGUCUGGAAAAUAAGAUUAUUUGAAUUGCGUUGUUUCAGGUAUAUAAACUGACAAUUAA